UUCUGAUACCUUAAAUACCUUAUUGAUCGGUUGCCUUAAGCGAGAAAUUGCCUGCUCUUUUUCACAAUGGAAGAGGAAGAUGAUGAAGAUGUGGAUUUUGACAUGAUGCCUUGUUCCAUGUUCGAUUUUGAUAUGGAACCUGUUUUAAAACUGCAAAUUGCAACGGAAAAAAUAGACUCGGACACCGACCAAUGUGACCCCAAAAUUGAAACUGUCAAACCCUGUGAUCUUCGACAGGAACAACUAAAAAGUGCCUUCGCAGACUGUCGGAAUCCAGAGCCGAAAAAUGAUCAAGCUGAAUGCGACUUUUUAGCGAAAGGUGAUUGGACGACUGAAGCACACGCCAGUGUAUGUAUCACAGAAGCUGCAAACGUCAAGAGAAUACAAUACAAUGAUAACAACCAGCCAUGCAAAACAAAUUCUAUUAAAUUUAAGACACCUGUGAGCUCAGACAAUAUACAAGCUGAGAAUAAAACUAUACCAUUGACCAUUCAGAUAGCUGAGCCGGCCUGUGAAACUUACAAAAAGCGAAGUUCAAUCAUAAAACAGAUGCCAGGGGCCUUGGGAUCCAGACCUAUGAUGUUGCAGAAACGACUUAAAGCUGCAUUUGCAAAAAUUAAGGAAAGGGGCGAUCCGUGGAAAGAGUUCCAUAUUGACGAGCUACCGGGUCAAUUAGCAACUAGAUAUCGCUACAAUGCCAAGAAAAAAUUGUGGGUCGAGGAUCAGAUAAUAGUGAAGAUGGAACCGGAAGCCUUCGCUCAUGGGGCGAUGCGAGGAUGCCACAGGAUGAAGAAACUGAGUACGAUCCACAGUCAAGAUUGGAAAGAGGCUGCGAACUAUGUGGCCAAAAAGUACAUUGACAGAGUAGCUGAUGAUGUUUAUUUUGAGGAUGUGAAGUUGCAGAUGGAUGCGAAAAUAUGGGCUGAAAUGUACAACAGAAUGGGGCCUCCGAAGCAAAUAGAUAUCUUCCAGAUGUGCGUAAUUAAAAUGGAGGAAGGAGGUCAGCUGUUCCAUGUGGAACACUUCAUAGAGGGAGAGUACAUCAAGUACAACUCCAACUCGGGCUUCGUGGAUGAGCACAUGAGACACACUCCACAUGCAUUUAGUCAUUUCACCUUCGAACACUCAGGACAUAAAUUAAUAGUCGUUGACAUCCAGGGUGUGGGAGACCUGUACACAGAUCCUCAGAUACACACCUCAGAGGGAACCGAUUACGGUGACGGUAAUCUAGGCACCAAAGGUAUGGCCUUAUUUUUUCACUCACAUCUCUGCAACCCCAUUUGUAAGCUUCUAAAUCUCAGUAAGUUUGACCUCAGUGAAGCAGAAUUCAACGAAAUCAAAACGGGGUCAUCCAAAGCCAUGUCUCCUGCGACCACUGUUGUUAAUCCGAACAGACGCAGUAGAUGUUCGGCUUCGGCCUCGAGUUUGUCACCGCAUUCAGAACAUACCGAGAGGCAGUUCUCAUUUGACGGAUCUGGUUCUGGAUCCGGAAUGGUUUUCAACAUAGCGCAAUCUCCCACAAAUGAAUCGCCUAGUCGAAACGGUUCCAUCGGUUCAAUGCCUCAGAGUCCGAGCGAAGGAGAAGAAAUGGUAAUGAGUCGUCGAAUACGUCACGAAGAUUCGAUGUCGCUCGAGAUCGGCAGUCCUUUGGAUGAGCAUUUUGAGUCGACGAUGAGGAAUCACAAGCCAUCGACUGUCAAUGGAAUUGAAGAUGUUUCGAAAAUAGUAGAGUCUUUAGUGACUGAUUCGGUGCUGGGACAGAUACACUUCGAGCUGGCGAAGUAUCACGAGUUGGGAAGAUUCGCAAACGAAGGCGAAAUUGACGCGGAUUCUGCCUUAUACCAUUUAGACAUCGCCGCACAGCUUGAAAACGAAGAAGCCAUCAGAUGUCUUGCCCAGAUCUACCUCCAAAGAGAAAAUGACGUCAUCCCUUCGGUAACUGUGCCUGAAACAGACGGCAACACCAACAAAGGAGUCGACUUCAUGAUCCAAAGUGCCCACAAAGGAGACAGGGUCGCUCAAGUCUACAUGGCAAAGGCAUUCGAGACUGGAUUCGGCCUGGGUACCAGGAAGAGCAAAAACUGGAAAGACGCUGCUGUAUUCUAUGACAUGGCUAUCAAUUCGUCUUCGGGAGGUUGCGAGGGUAUGGAUGAACCGAGCUACAAGUUGAUGGCGUCUCUGGCUAAUUUAUACCACAAAGGAGGCUUCGGACUGGAGAAAGAUCCAAGUGCUUCUGGCGAUUUGUAUAACGAGGCAGCGGAAACUGCAAUGGCUCAGUUCAAAGGAGCUCUCGCUACCAAAUAUUUUGAGCUGGCUGAAGUUGCCUGGUCGGAAAUGGAGGAAGAGUGAAUAUGGCUCUGUGCAUUUACAAUCAAUUUUCAGUUCCUUUAUUCUGCUUAAACUUGAAACUUUUCAAACACACUCUCAAACUGUUUCUAGUUGCAACUGUAUGAACUUAAUGCUUUAACGAUGGGCUUCGAAAAAAUGCUUCUCUAACGGUUAUGGAUGAGUUUAACUCUAAUGUUGGACUGCCUUAAAUUUAUCAUCUGUCUUUUCUUGUACCUGUAAAUGCUUCAAAAACAUUUUAGAAUUAUACCAUAUCUUAUGAA